AUGGCAUUCAGUUGGACAAUUUUCUCUGGAAAACAUGAACUCAGAUUGGAAAACUUUUCGUUUCAUAUUAACCUCUGGGGACAGAAAGAAAAAACAGAUGUGCCACCUUCUGUGUCUACCACAGCUGUGGCUGAGACUCCAAUACCUCUCCUCUACAGAGGAAAUUUCACAAAGCUUCCUCAGUGGGAUUUUGAUGAUGUCUAUAACCAGGAUGCCCCACCUAGACCAACAACAUGUGCCCCAUCACUGCGAAACUCUCAGGAUGAGAACUUCAAGAAGGCUUUUCUUCCCAACAUACGUUUGUUUCUGCACAAGGACAACAUUAACAUGAGCGAGUGGAAUCGCCUUUCACAUUUUAACAAUCCUUUUGGGUUUAUGGAGUUCAAAUAUGAUGAUGUGAUGGCUUCAGUGAAGCUGAUUCCAAAGCCAAAAGAGCCACUGCUCCUCCCGAAACCAGGUGGUGAUGGCUGUGUUCACUGUGCUGUGGUGGGUACUGCAGGAAUUCUGAAUGGCUCAAAAGUGGGUGCAGAGAUCGAUGCUCAUGAUUACGUUUUUCGGAUGAACGGUGCCGUUACCAAAGGUUUUGAGGAAGAUGUAGGAAAUAGAACAUCAGUGUAUGUUCACACAGCGCACUCCAUCACCGCAUCACCUUAUUUUUGGGGGAAGUAUGGAUACAAAUCUGCCCCUCAUGAUGAGGGAAUAAAAUAUGUGAUGAUUCCUGAGGGCAUGAGAGAUUUCCAAUGGCUCGAGGGUCUCCUUAAAGGACAGCAGGUCUCUGGUGGUCAAUACAACAAGAAAUGGCCAAGGGACUACUAUUCAGGGCAGUACAAUGAGAGCCGAUUCUACGUUCUACACCAGGACUUCCUCCGAUAUGUGAGGAACAGGUUCCUAAAGUCACCUAAUCUGAAUAAUAAAUUCUGGGCAAUGGUCAGACCAACCAAUGGAGCAUUCACUCUCUUCCUGGCUUUGCAUACUUGUGACACAGUGGAUGCAUAUGGGUUCAUGACUGAUGACUAUAUGAAAUACUCCAACUACUAUGUUCAGAAGUACAUUAAAACUAAAGUAAUUUUCUAUUCCAACCAUGACUACAAUUUGGAGAAGAAUACAUGGAAAGACCUUCACAACAGAAAAAUAAUAAAGCUGUAUCAAAGAACGGAGCCAGAAUCAGGGACUGACAAGCCAAAGUAACACUGAGUCCACCCG